UGUUUCUAGGAAGAGUAAGAGCAAAGGGGAGAGGGGAAGAGAAAAGGAAAGAAGGGCUCAGCACCUCCCCGCCGAGCCGUGGACAGAGGGGGCACUUUCGGCGGGCGGGUGAGGUCGCUGAGGGCCCGGAGAUGUUUUCCCUGUCGAGUACGGUGCAGCCCCAGGUUACGGUUCCUCUGAGUCACCUCAUCAAUGCCUUCCAUUCACCAAAAAACACAUCUAUUUCUGUCAGUGUGUCAGCUUCACAAAACCACCAUCGAGAUGUAGUUCCUGACCAUGAGGCUACUGGCAAUGAGCCUGUACUUAAUUUAAGAGACCUUGGAUUAUCCGAAUUAAAAAUUGGACAGAUUGAUCAACUGGUAGACAGUUUACUUCCUGGAUUUUGUAAAGGCAAGAGCAUUUCUUCCCAUUGGCAUACAUCUCAUGUCUCUGCACAGUCCCUCUUUGAAAAUAAAUAUGGUUACUUAGGUAUGUUUAGUACUUUACGUUCCUCUUGCUUGUACAGACAACAUUCAAGAACUCUUAAAAGUAUUUGUUCAGAUCUUCAGUGUUGGCCAGUUUUCAUACAGUCUCGGGGUUUUAAAACUUUGAAAUCAAGAACUCGACGUUUACAGUCCACCUCUGAAAGAUCGACAGAGACGCAGCAUAUAACACCAUCAUUUGUAAAGGGGUUCCUUUUGCGGGACAGAGGAUGAGAUGUUGAGAGUUUGGACAAACUCAUGAAAACCAAAAAUAUACCUGAAGCUCACCAAGAUGCAUUUAAAACUGGUUUUGCAGAGGGUUUUCUGAAAGCUCAAGCACUAACGCAAAAAACCAAUGAUUCUCUGAGACGAACUCGUCUGAUUCUCUUCGUUCUGCUGCUAUUUGGCAUUUAUGGACUCUUAAAAAAUCCAUUUUUAUCUGUCCGCUUCCGGACAACAACGGGGCUUGAUUCUGCAGUAGAUCCUGUCCAGAUGAAAAAUGUCACCUUUGAACAUGUUAAAGGAGUGGAGGAAGCUAAACAAGAAUUACAGGAGGUUGUUGAAUUCUUGAAAAAUCCACAAAAAUUUACUGUGCUUGGAGGUAAACUUCCAAAAGGAAUACUUUUAGUUGGACCACCAGGGACAGGGAAGACACCUCUUGCUCGAGCUGUGGCUGGAGAAGAGGAUGUUCCUUUUUAUCAUGCUUCUGGAUCAGAAUUUGAUGAAAUGUUUGUGGGUGUGGGAGCCAGCCGUAUCAGAAAUCUAUUUAGGGAAGCAAAAGCAAAUGCUCCCUGUGUUAUAUUUAUUGAUGAAUUCGAUUCUGUCGGAGGGAAGCGAAUUGAGUCUCCAACGCACCCAUAUUCAAGGCAGACUAUAAAUCAACUUCUUGCUGAAAUGGAUGGUUUUAAACCCAAUGAAGGAGUUAUCAUAAUAGGAGCCACAAACUUCCCAGAGGCAUUAGAUAAUGCCUUAAUACGUCCUGGUCGUUUUGACAUGCAGGUUACAGUUCCAAGACCAGAUGUAAAAGGUCGAACAGAAAUUUUGAAAUGGUAUCUCAAUAAAAUAAAGUUUGAUCAGUCUGUUGAUCCAGAAAUUAUAGCUCGAGGUACUGUUGGCUUUUCUGGAGCAGAGUUGGAGAAUCUUGUGAACCAGGCUGCAUUAAAGGCAGCUGUUGAUGGAAAAGAAAUGGUUACCAUGAAGGAACUAGAGUUUUCCAAAGAUAAAAUUCUAAUGGGACCUGAACGUAGAAGCGUGGAAAUUGAUAACAAAAACAAAACCAUCACAGCAUAUCAUGAAUCUGGUCAUGUUAUCAUUGCAUAUUACACUAAAGAUGCAAUGCCUAUCAACAAAGCUACAAUCAUGCCACGAGGGCCAACACUUGGACAUGUGUCCCUGUCGCCUGAGAAUGACAGAUGGAAUGAAACUAGAGCUCAGUUGCUUGCGCAGAUGGAUGUUAGUAUGGGAGGAACAGUAGCUGAGGAGCUUAUAUUUGGAACUGACCAUAUCACAACAGGUGCUUCCAGUGAUUUUGAUAAUGCAACUAAAAUAGCAAAGCGGAUGGUUACCAAAUUUGGAAUGAGUGAAAAGCUUGGAGUUAUGACCUACAGUGAUACUGGGAAACUGAGUCCAGAAACUCAAUCUGCUAUUGAACAAGAAAUGAGAAUCCUUUGAAGGGACUCAUAUGAACGAGCGAAACAUAUCUUGAAGACUCAUGCAAAAGAGCAUAAGAAUCUAGCAGAAGCUUUACUAACCUAUGAGACUUUGGAUGCCAAAGAGAUUCAAAUUGUUCUUGAGGAAAAGAAAUUGGAAGUGAGAUGAUAACUCUUAAGAUGG